AUGCAUGCGCGUAUUUUUAUUCACUCUUUAAUUCUAUUUCAUGGUAGGCUAUUAUCAAAUUACGAAUUUUCUGAAGGUUUUUAUAUGAAAGGGGAAGAUAUAAUUGACGAAUCGAACGCAGUAAAGGAAAAUAUAUCUAGCGGCUUGCCGUUAGGAAAGAAAGCCCUUGGUACUGCUAUCAAAGAAUUAUGGAAUGGAAAAAUCAAGUUGUUAAGAAAAGGUUCACGACAAGAAAGGCAAUAUGUCUACGUUAAUAUAAAAAAGAAAUCGAUUACUCUGCAGCAACCAUUGCCUGAUGAUCCAUUUGAGAUGAUAAUGAACACUCAAGAAAUGAAAAUACCUCCUGGCUGGAUAAGUGUUUCUGACAGUGUAAAUAAAAUAAAUUUUAUUCGGAAUGAAAAAUGGGCAUUUCGAAACGAUCGUGUCAUGACUGAAUUAUCUAUAAUCAAGUGCGAAUCAAAUGAAGUAAAAUAUUCUAUAUCCUCUCAUGGACAAGAAGUUGAUAUCAAAGACGUAUUGGAAAAUGCAGGUAUCAUGGAUCGCCCACCGGCCGAUAGAAUCUUCUGUAUCCUAACAUUGCUAGAUCAAUGCAACCUUUGCCAAGGAGUCCCUGUUUCAAAUACCGAUAGUAUUAUAACUCUUGUUGACCACGAAUUCGGUGCCUUUGAAGAUCUCUCUACAGUUUCCGCUACCACAUCAAUUACAAAACAAUAUAGAGCAUUUUCAUCCAAGUGUAAAGUAAUCUCUUCAGGGAAAUGUUGUGCAGGCUGUCAAUAUUUGCAUAAAAUAGAUUUGAAAAGGAAACAUAGAAAAUCUGAAAUAGUCACGAUCAAACCAAGAACCAAUAAGUGGUACCUUACUAAGGAGGAAGUCAUUACGCAGCUAGACAAAGAAGGGCAAAAAAGAGUAAAUGCGGAGAAACGAGAAAUUUAUUGGAGAGAAAAAUUUAAAUCCGAAGCUUUAGAAAUGGAUGUUGAUGAUAAUGACGACCUCUCCUCUAUGAUGCUUUCCAUUUCAAAUGACGAAAUACCAGACAACAUGAAAUGCCUUUGGGAUGAACAGAAGAAAAUGAUUCAAAGAAAGAAGAAUGGUUACCGCUGGCAUCCAACGUAUGAUUAA